UGUGGCUCUCAGCUGCCGAGGCGGAUGAUGAUGAUGAUGGCGGAGCUGAUUCAGGGACAGGCCUCGGUGGCUCAGCCAGGAACGAAAGAUGACUUCGCAGACACGAUACGCCGGGUCCGACAGAUGGCUGCCAAGAUGGGAGGAGACCCGAUGCCCAACAUGAAUAGUUCAUGUCCAGUCAUAGACCCCUCCCUGUAUGGCUUUGGGGGCCAGAAACGUUCUUUAGACAAUGGAGUAGGGAACCAUCUUGGUGCAAUGGUACAUCAAAGGGCUUUUGCAACAGACGACUUCAAAGUGCCUGAUAAGAUGGUGGGAUUCAUUAUUGGAAAAGGAGGAGAACAGAUCUCAAGAAUACAGCAAGAAUCGGGUUGUAAGAUCCAGAUUGCCUCUGACAGCGGAGGCAUGUUGGACAGACCGUGCACGCUGACCGGGAGCCCAGAAAACAUUGAGCAGGCGAAAAGGCUGCUGAGUGAGAUUGUGGAGCAGUGUCGGUACGGUCCAGGCUUCCACAACGACAUGGACGGCAACAGUUCCAUCCAACAGAUCCUCAUCCCCGCAAACAAAGUCGGCCUGGUCAUCGGCAAGGGUGGAGAGACCAUCAAGCAACUGCAGGAGAGAACAGGAGUGCAGAUGAUGAUGAUUCAGGAUGACCCCAUGCCCACAGGAGCAGACAAGCCCCUCAGAAUCACGGGAGAUCCCCACAAAGUGCAGCAAGCUCGUGAACUUGUGGUGAAACUCAUACGGGACAAAGACCAAGGAGACUUCAGGGUCGGCAGGGCAGAUUUUGGCUCCAAAAUGGGUGGAAGUAGUAUGGAUGUGGUUGUGCCCAGAUUUGCGGUUGGUAUCAUCAUAGGCAGGAAUGGAGAGAUGAUCAAGAAGAUUCAGAAUGAUGCUGGUGUCAGGAUCCAGUUCAAACAAGAUGAUGGAGUCAGUCCUGACCGUGUUGCUCAGGUGAUGGGCCAGUCUGACCACUGCCAUCACGCAGCUCACCUCAUCAACGAACUGGUGCAGACCGCUCAGGAGCGAGAUGGAUUUUGUGGCGUUUUGGGACGUCGAGGGCGUGGUGACUCCAACAUGGGAGGACCUGGGGGGCUGCAGGAUGUGACCUAUGCAGUACCUGCUGAUAAGUGUGGCCUAGUGAUCGGCAAAGGUGGAGAAACCAUAAAAAACAUCAAAGAGCAGUCUCGUGCCCACGUGGAGCUACAGAGAAACCCACCGCCGAACACUGACCCCAACGUGCGCAUCUUCUCCAUCCGAGGCACCCCUCAGCAGUUGGAAAAAGCUCGUCAGCUGAUCGAUGAGAGAAUUGGGGGCGCAGGGAUUGGCAGUAACAGCAGCUUUGGCAUGAAUACUUACAACCAAGGACCAACUACUCCUCCUCAGCAUGGCCCUCAGAUGCUCAUGAGCGGAGGAUGGGGUACAACGUUUCAGAUAUGGCAGCCUCAAGGCCAGCAAGACCAGAGUCACAAUGGAUCCCAGACGGGCCAGAUGGACUGGGAGCAGUAUUAUAAAAAGCUAGGUCAGCAAAACCAAGCCCAGAGCACUGCUUCCGACUAUAACAAAACCUGGGGCCAGACAUCUGGUCCUGGAUCUCAGCAGACCUCUAAUCCUGACUACAACGCCUGGGUUGACUUCUACAGACAGCCGAUGGCCUUCUUCAACCAGAGCGCUCAGCAGACGUCGGCCUCGGGCCUUCAGGAUCACUAGAGAAUCGCCGGUUCAAGACUUGAAACACUGCGGAUGGAAACAACCCUUUUUUUUUAACAGAGGGAGUUCUAGAUUUAAAACGCCUUGAAGACUUUUUUUCUUAGUGAGAAACACUAGCUGUAGAAUGACUUGUAUGAUUACGUAAUAUUUCUAAAAUCAGGAACAUUUGUUUGUUACUAAAUGCUUGUGUACACUGUUAUUUUGGAUAGACAGUAUCUGGGAUCCCUUUUUGGACUUGAGAGAGCUGUUUGUAAUUUUUUUUAGUUAUUUUUCCUGUCAUGACUCGGAUUGUAAACGCCAAAAUGAACCCGAGAAGUUGUAACAUUUCAAAAGGCAAUAUCUAUUUUUUCUAGUUCUGUGGAAAUGAAACCAUGAUGAUCUGCUUAGCAGUCUUGAAUACAGUUUUGUCACAUGUCGAAUGUUUAAAGGAGUGUGUUGAAGAUGUUUUUUUUUUUUUUUUUCCCAUUAUUUACAAAAUUCAGUGAAAUAAAACUGUGAUGUUUUGUUACAGGAAAUGUAUUUUUGUUACAAAGGUUAAAAAUCUAGAUGAACGCCAGCCAGUGGCAGUAGUUCUAAUUUAAUUCCUGUUGUGUGUUGUAUGCUGUUUUUCAUUGUCAUUUUAUUCUCUGGUUUAAAACAAGGUGCAAUAUCUUAUUUCACUUUUGAGACAAAGAUGGUUCCUUUAAUAUUUUGACAGAUUUUUAACUUGUAGUUUUAAGAUUUAUUUUUUAUUUUAUUUUGAAAUUGAGAUGUCAUGGAUAAUUUAUUACAGUGAUCUGAAAUGAUAGGAUUUAGGGGGAUGUUGCAAAUAGCUUUUUUGCCUUUAUUACCUUGUAAAAUGAUGUAUAUAUGCUCAUAUAUUUGACUGUUAAUUUAAGAUAUAUAUGUUUCAUAUAUAUAUUAUAUACACUUAUGAAAUAUUGUUUCCUGUGAUCCUUGUUGCAGGAGAGUUGUCCCUCUUUUCUGUUCUUUUUUUUCUUACUGAAAAU